UUCCGCUGGAAGGGGCGGCCGACCUUAGGCUUCAGGACAGGGAACAGCAGUAUAUAAGCGGACGAGGACCCUAGCCUAGCAGGUCAGUUGAGCGGUGUUCGCAGGACGAGCAGGCCAGGACGAACCAAUAAGUCGACAAAAUGAAGGUGCUGGCACUUGUGAUGACCGUGGUCGGGUGCGCGCUGGCGGCGCCGGCGAAGCUGGACGGGCUGGAGCACCACCACCACGAGGACCCUCUCGCCGCAGUUGUCGCCGCACAGUCGCGGACCUUCGAGGGCUACAACUACGAGCCUCCAGCGCAGCCUUCCGGCCUGUACGAGCUCCCAGACUCCCCCUCCGACAACGUGGUGGUGACGGAGCCUCCCACCACCACGACCACCACCACCACGACCACCACUACCACCACGACUCCCCCUCCUCCUCCUCCCUCCGCUUACCUGCCUCCCGUAGAUGAGAUCCCUUCGGGCAACAACCCCGUCCCCGAAGUCAUUGAGGUCGGAGGCACCACCAUGAUGCCGAUGCCCUACAACAUCCGCUGGGGCGUGGCCGACGAGGAGAGCGGCAACGUGUUCAACCACGUGGAGGACAGCGACGGCAAGGACGUGACCGGCGAGUACUCGGUGCUGCUCCCCGACGGCCGCAUGCAGAUCGUCCGCUUCACCGUAGACCCUAUCAACGGCUACCAGGCUGAGGUCUCCUACGAGCCAGCCAAGUAAGCGGGCAAGGUCAGCCUCGCACUCGGGCUCGCCGCGAAGCGCUCGCCAGGGCUGGGUCGGUUGCAGGAGGCGGUCGGUCGUCGCAGCGACCGGAGGCCUCGCCACGGGCCUCCGGUCGGCCGACGGCGAACCGCGUCCAACCACACCUCUCGGGGUUAACGCGAUUCCACGAAGGUUAAGGGGAAAAUCUAAAUAAAAGCACACUCUCUCAUCGCAUCGUCAUGUCAUCUCUUCUUGCACAUUUCUCUCUAUUUAAUUCGGUGAAAGAUUAAGGAGACCUGGCAACCGACUGAGUCCUGGCAGGAGCUGUCUCUCCCAAGGUGUUGCGCUGGCCGGGGACGUCGCAGAUGGAUGGCUUGGCCGCACACGCUUCCUUGUGCGCCCAAGAUCUUCCUCAUCCACUUCUGUAGAACAAUGAACAACGUGCGAACAGCAGAAGCUACCUGAUCUGGCUUGGCGUAUACCAAUAGGUUUAAGUUUGUGUACAAAUGAAAACGAAAAAGGUUUUACAUAAAAAUAUA